AUGCGAUCAUCCGGUGUCCUCGUAUGGACGUGCCUCGCCGUCGCCCUUGCCUGUGACGACGGCAAGAGCGUCCUCGACGUCGACUCGACGAGGGACGAUGACUCACAGCUUCGCGAACCCCUCUGCGCCUCGGACCCGUCGUCCACAGAGAACAACAAAACCUAUCUCGGAGCCGUUGGAGAAGGCUUCCCUCUCGCGGAUGGGAGCAUACCGGACGGCCUGGGCGACUCGGAGGAAGCCCGCAUACGCUACGGAACUAACCUAAGAUCAGACGAUGGCCUCUGGGAAGUUCGCCCCUCGCCCGGGAAAGGCCUUGGCGUCUUCGCCCUGCAAAGAAUCCCGGCAGGCACCCGCAUCAUCGAUGAGAGCCCGCUCUUCACAGUCAAUCCGGGCCGCCUUGUCAGUGGCCAGGGCUUCGCCUUCGCCGCCAUCGCCGCGGCCGUCGACGAAGCCUAUGCGGCCCUCAACACCACGGCGCGUGCCGCGUUCCUGUCGUGCCCCGAGCACCGCGACCUGAACGACGAGGACGAGGCCGCAUGGAGCCAGGAGGCGCUCAUCUUCCGCACCAACGCGUUCACCAUGGCAGGCGGCACCUUGGGGAUCUUCCCGCGCAUCGCGAAGCUGAACCACUCGUGUCGGCCCAACGCCGGGACCGCGUCCGUCGGCGGCAGCACCAGCGAGGGGAGCGCGAGGAGGGUCAUCUAUGCGGCGCGAGACAUCGACGCCGGCGAGGAGGUGACAAUCACCUACGCGCCGUUGGUGCAGACGACGGACGAAAGACGGGCCCGGCUCGCGCAGUGGGGGUUCACGUGCAACUGCGCGGCGUGCACGGCGCGGGACGACGACAAGCAGCGGGUGGAGAUGAAGCGGCUGACGGGCCUGAUCGAGAUGGAGCUCGGGAGGGACGACUUUGGAGGGGACGUGCUGCCGGACGCGGAGAAGCUGGUGAAGCUCGUCGAGGAGGUCGGGUUGGUGGACUACCUCGGCAAGGCGUACAAGUACGCGGCGUACGCAGCGUCGCGGUCCGGCAAGUUUGGCGCGGCGAGGAAGUGGGCAAAGAAGGAGCUGGCGACGCACGAAGUUGCGGAUGCGCAGUCACGGUAUGCGAUGGAAACCAGGGCGUUCCUGGAGUCGCUUCCGCUGUUGUGA